UGGUGAUCCGCUCCAGUCUACACCAGCAGGCUGCAGGCUAACGCGCCUCCGAAGCCGCAACAAAAUGUUCUCUUUCGGCGCCGGGCGAGGAGGAGGAGGAGGGUGGGGCGGAAUGUCGGCGACGUGUUGUUGAUGGUGACCGCCGACACACAGUGGAGUUAUGCUCUCACGAAAGAAGAGUAAAAGCGAGUCGUCGAAGCCAGCAGAAGUGCACGGCAAGUACGUGAAGAAGGAGACGUCGCCGCUACUCACAAAUCUUAUGCCCUCAUUCAUCCGCCAUGGACCCACCAUGCACCGACGCACCGACGUGCCCCUACCCGACAUGGGACCCGCUGUCUACCCCAUGGCCACCAGCCGUGAUCCCGUGGUGUCCCGCAACAAGAGCUUCCUACGACCCCCCGUGCAGCGGCCCCCUCACGAGGUGGCCCGCCGCGAGAGCCACCGCUUAUCGGCGCCCCCUUACCUGCCCCGCAGCUUGGGCGAGUUGCCCCACGAGUACGGCGGCUCGUCGCAGUCCUUCCUCACCGACGUGAGCCCCAUGUCGGAGAACGGAGACACCGGCCGCUACUACUACCCCUCGGAAGCGUCGUACUACGACGGGCAGCAGCAGCAGCAGCCGAGGAGGCUCCCGGAGCGCUUCCCUGACGACUAUCGCUACUACGAGCUCAACGAACACAACUUCCAAAGACUUCCACGGCAGCACACGCCCCCUGCUUCCAGCAGACCACCCUCAGGCAUAGGUCGAAUACAGGCCAAGUCCCUGGGGAACCUCUCCAAUCUGACGGCGGAUGACAUGCCUCUCCCCGGCGGCUGGACUGUGGACUGGACCAUCCGCGGCAGGAAGUACUACAUCGACCACAACACCAACACUACGCACUGGAGCCACCCUCUGGAGAGGGAAGGGCUCCCACCAGGCUGGGAGAAGGUUGAGUCAGCCGAGUUCGGGGUCUAUUACGUGGACCACAUCAACAAGAGGGCGCAGUAUCGGCACCCCUGCGCUCCCAGCGUUCCUCGCUACGACCAGCCGCCGCCUCUACCGCCUCCAGUCGCCUAUCAGCCGCGGCCUGCUGAGAGGAACCAGCCGGUGCUGGUGCCAGCCAACCCAUACCACACCGCCGAGAUCCCGGACUGGCUACAGGUUUACGCCCGCGCCCCCCUCAAGUACGACCACAUCCUGAAGUGGGAGCUCUUCCAGCUGGCCGACCUGGACACGUACCAGGGCAUGCUGAAGCUGCUCUUCAUGAAGGAGCUGGAGCACAGCGUCAAGUCCUACGAGGCGUACCGCCAGGCGCUGCUCUCCGAGGUGGAGGCUCGCAAGCAGCGGCAGCAGUGGUACGCCCAGCAGCCCAACAACAACAACAACUUCAUGGGGAACAUGUGAGCCCGGGCCGCGGUCAGGCCUCCCGACCAAACACAAGUGUGCCUUGGCUUGAUCCAAAUAUAGCAGACAGGAAGACGCACGCUGGCUUUAUGAACGACUGAAAACUCUCCCAUGAAGAAGCCACAGUGUAGACGUCUUUUAUAGUGAACCCAAAGCAACAUUUUGUAUUAUUUUCAUAAAGUUAAUGCUGUUCUUUUUUAUCUCAGAAGACCAGCGUCAUUCCUCUCCCGUGUGAGAGGACGACUUGGCAGCUUUCUCUCAUCCUUGGCCUGUUUUCUGCUUCUGACGCAAACAUGGCCUCCGUUCCUGUUGCGUCCUUUUUCAGACAAUCCACCAGGAUGAUACGUAAGUGUCCAGAAGCAAGGCGUCUUUAUCCCAUUUAAGUAUUUGCCUCGCUAAUAAGAAGCUACUGGAAGCUCUUUGGAAACACUUUGCAAGGAUUUUGUCUAAAAAGACGCUAACGCCUCCUUUUCGCAGAUGUCUCAGAAGCCAUAAAAAAAAAAGUAGCUGGUUGUCGUUACCAGCAGGAAGAAUAAGAAAUAUUUUAAUAUAUUAUUACAAUAUGGAAACAUGUAUGCAGGUUCAGCCUGUUCUCAGCAGGAUUUAGUAGGGUUUUGUUCAAAAGAUCAUUUAGUUGAAGGUCAGAGCGACACAAAAUGAAGAUCCAGCGUAAGGUGCAAUGUUCAAACAGGAAGUAAACAAACUUUGCAAUAUAAGGCAGGGCGUUCAAUCAGGAAGUAAACAAACUGUCCAAUAUACUGAAGCAUGUGUAAACUGGAAGUAAUUAAACUAUCCAAUAUAAUGCAGGAUGUUCAAACAAGUAAACAAAAAGUAACAAAAGAAGUAAACAAACUAUCCUAUAUAAGGCAGGAUGUUCAAACAGGAAGUAAACAAACUUUGCGAUAUAAGGCAGGGCGUUCAAUCGGGGAGUAAACAAACUGUCCUAUAUACUGCAGAAUGUGUAAACUGGAAGUAAUUAAUCUAUCCAAUAGAAUGCAGGAUGUUCAAAGAAGUAAACAAAAAGUUAAAAAAGAAGUAAACAAACUUUGCAAUAUUAGGCAGGGUGUUCAAUCAGGAAGUAAACAAACUGUCCAAUAUACUGCAGGAUGUGUAAACUGGAAGUAAUUAAACUAUCCAAUAUAAUGCAGGAUGUUCAAAGAAGUAAACAAAAAGUUAAAAAAGAAGUAAACAAACUUUGCAAUAUAAGGCAGGGUGUUCAAUCAGGAAGUAAACAAACUGUCCAAUAUACUGCAGGAUGUGUAAACUGGAAGUAAUUAAACUAUCCAAUAUAAUGCAGCAUGUUCAAACAGGAAGUAAACAAACUUUGCAAUAUAAGGCAGGAUGUUCAAUCAGGAAGUACACAAACUGUCCAAUAUACUGCAGGAUGUGUAAUCUGGAAGUAAUUAAACUAUCCAAUAUAAGGCAGGACUUUCAAACAGGAAGUAAAAACAACUAUCAAAUAUAAGGCAGGUUGUCCUAACCGCAAGUAAACAAACUAUCCAAUAAAAAGCAGGAUGUAUGAACAGGAAGUAAACUAUCCAAUAUUAGAAAGGGUGUAUAAACAGGAAGUAAACAAACUGUCCGAUAUAAUGCAGGAUCUUCAAACAGGAAGUACGAUAUAAUGCAGGAUGUUCAAACGGGAAGUAAACCAAUCAUCCCAUAUAAGGCAGUGUGUUGAAACAGGAAGUAAACAAACUAUCCUAAGGCAGGAAGUAAACAAACUAUCCUAUAUAAUGCAGGAUGUUCAAACAAGAAGUAAAGAAAACUAUCAAAUAUAAGGCAGUGUGUUCUAACAGGAAGUAAACAAACUAUCCAAUAUGAAGCAGAAUGUUCAAACAGGAAGUAAACAAACAAUCCAAUAAAAGGCAGGAUGUUCAAACAGGAAGUAAACAAACUAUCCAAUAAAAGGCAGGAUGUUCAAACAGGAAGUAAACAAACUAUACAAUAUAAGGCAGGAUGUUCAAACAGGAAGUAAAACUAUCCAAUAAAAGGCAGGAUGUUCAAACAGGAAGUAAACAAACUAUACAAUAUAAGGCAGGAUGUUCAAACAGGAAGUAAACAAACUAUCCAAUAAAAGGCAGGAUGCUCAAACAGGAAGUAAACAAACUAUCCAAUAAAAGGCAGGAUGUUCAAACAGGAAGUAAACUAUCCAAUAUAGUGUUCUAACAAAAAGUAAACAAACUAUCCAAUAUAAAGCAGGACGUAUAAACAGGAAGUAAACAAACUAUCCAAUAUAAGGCAGGAUGUUCAAACAGGAAGUAAACAAACUAUCCAAUAAAGGGCAGGAAGUUCAAACAGGAAGUAAACUAUUCAAUAUGGUGUUCUAACAAGAAGUAAACAAACUAUCCAAUAUAAAGCAGGAUGUAUAAACAAGAAGUAAACAAUCUAUCCAAUAUAAAGCAGGAUGUAUAAACAAGAAGUAAACAAACUAUCCAAUAUAAAGCAGAAUGUUCAAACAGGAAGUAAAACAAACUAUUCAAUAUGGUGUUCUAACAACAAGUAAACAAACUGUCCAAUAUAAAGCAGGACGUAUAAACAGGAAGUAAACAAACUAUCCAAUAUAAGGCAGGAUGUUCAAACAGGAAGUAAACUAUUCAAUAUGGUGUUCUAACAAGAAGUAAACAAACUGUCCAAUAUAAAGCAGGACGUAUAAACAAGAAGUAAACAAACUAUCCAAUAUAAAGCAGAAUGUUCAAACAGGAAGUAAACAAACUAUUCAAUAUGGUGUCCUAACAAGAAGUAAACAAACUAUCCAAUAUAAAGCAGGACGUAUAAACAAGAAGUAAACAACUAUCCAAUAUAAAGCAGAAUGUUCAAACAGGAAGUAAACAAACUAUCCAAUAAAAUGCAGGAUUUUCAAACAGGAAGUAAACAAACUAUUCAAUAUGGUGUCCUAACAAGAAGUAAACAAACUAUCCAAUAUAAAGCAGGACAUAUAAACAGGAAUUAAACAAACUAUCCAAUAUUAGAAAGGGUGUUGAAACAGGAAGUAAACAAAUUAUAUAAUCUAAGGCAGGACACUUAAAAAGGAAGUAAAGACAUUAUCCAAUAUAAGUGUUGAAACAGGAAGUAAACAAACAAAUAAGGCAGAACAUUUAAAAGAGAAGUAAACAAACUAUCCAAUACAAGGCAAGUCGCAGGAAGUAAACAAAGUGUCCAAUAAGACAUUUAAAAAGGAAUGUACACAAACUAUCAGUCGUGUUGGAUUAAAUGAGAUCUGCUUCUUCCUGCUCCUUUUUGAUUUUGAAACCCACUUUUGAUCCAACAUCCUGCUAAAGUCUGAUGAGAACAUGAGCAGUUAGAGUAGUUGAGUCGGGUGCACACUGACACUACAACAGCAGUCCCAUUGGAGGGGACUUUAUUACACACUGCAGGUUAUUUUGUAAUAAUAAACCUCAAGACUGCUUUCUUGCUUUCUACUUGGAAA